GGGAAGCGGCAGAUAGGGUUAUAUCAAUAUGGCGGGACGACCCAAAAUCUAAAUUAUUUACAAUUUUUCUAAUACCGAAGUUAGAAUUAUUUUAAUUUAUCAAUUAAAGAAAAUGUAUUGUUUCAAAUUGAACCAUGAAUUAUAGUUGCCUGAUUCAUAAUAUUGAGAGUUUAUCGCCGUGUGAUAGGGGAUCUAUGUUCUCCAGUGUUCAUAAUUUUUAUCAGUGCAUAGGCUGGAAUCAAUUGUAUAAAUACGUUUAUGUUAGCUGUUAUUCUGAUGCAGUUGCCAUUUUCGCUUAGUUUCAGAUUAUAUAUAUCAUAAAUCAUGAGUUCGAAAAAAGUGAAAAACGAGAGUCCCCCGUCAGAUAGUGAUUUCGAUGAUGAUGAGGAUCCAGAUCUGAUAGAAGUACCAGGCGGUGGUAAAGAUCUGGAAUCAGCAAAGUCAAUCAAAGAAAAAUUGGAAGAUUCGACUGAUUCAUUAGAAGAAAAGCCCUCCGUUGAGGGAACAGAUACUACAAAUGAUAUCAAACCAAAUUUGACUGCUCAGAAUGUAUUGAAUGCAAACAGCGCUAUUUUGGAGCAGUUAAUGUCGAAACCGUCAUUAAAUCCAAAUUUUGAUAAAUCAAAAGCACCUUUGAGUGGCAAUGUUGGUGGAGUGGUUCCGCCCCAGUCAUUUUUCAACUAUCCUUCCGGGGUAUCAUCUGCUAUGAUGUAUCCUCCUGGCAUGCAAGGUUAUCCGACGAUGAAUCCUAAUUUUAAUGCCGCUCAGUUUUUUCCGCAGGGUAUGGAUAUGAGUGGGUUUAGCAAUGUUAUGAGUGCUAUGAUGAUGUCGCCAAGUUUUCAAGCUGCAAUGACUCCGUUCUUGAUGUCAGGUAAUGGAAAUCCGCUGCUGGGUAUGCUCGGUUCUGGACAAUUUUUUCCAAAUUGGACUACCCCUCAAUUACCCGCUAAAACCCUGCAAACGUUUUGGGCAAUGAAUAAUAAAGGUAAUAUGCGAGCCGAAGAAGAAGACGACAACGAAGACGAAGAUAUGGGCGUAGCUGAAACAUACGCUGAUUAUAUGCCUGCGAAAUUAAAGUUGGGUAAAAAGCAUCCUGAUCCUGUUGUCGAAACGGCUUCGUUAUCUAGUGUCGAACCAACGGAAGUUUGGUAUAAAUUAUCAUUACCAGAAGAUACGAUAAAAUCUGGUUCGUUGUCUGCUUUGCAACUUGAAGCUAUCACGUAUGCUUCGCAACAACACGAACAUCUACUUCCAGACGGUUCUAGAGCAGGGUUCUUGAUAGGCGACGGAGCUGGUGUUGGUAAAGGUAGAACGAUAGCCGGUUUAAUUUUUGAAAAUUUUCUCAAAGGUCGCAAAAAAGCUAUUUGGGUUUCGGUGUCGAAUGACUUGAAAUAUGACGCCGAGAGAGAUCUGAACGAUAUAGGAGCUAGUAGAAUUGAAGUUUUCCCUAUGAACAAAUUCAAAUACGCCAAAAUUGCUUCACCAGCGAAUGGGAAUGUUAAGAAGGGAGUUAUAUUUUCCACUUACUCAGCUUUAAUUGGUGAAUCCUCGCAAACUGGCGGUAAAUAUAAAACUAGACUGAAACAAUUGCUGCAGUGGUGCGGAGAUGAUUUUGACGGCCCAAUUAUAUUCGACGAAUGUCAUCGAGCCAAAAAUCUUUGUCCCGUUGGCUCUACCAAACCUACAAAAACUGGCUUGACUGUAUUAGAAUUGCAGAAGCAAUUGCCGAAAGCUAGAGUAGUAUAUGCAUCUGCUACUGGAGCGUCAGAACCGAGGAACAUGGCGUAUAUGACUAGAUUAGGAAUGUGGGGCGAAGGCUCGCCGUUCCUCGAAUUCAUGGACUUUAUUAAUGCAGUUGAAAAGAGGGGAGUUGGUGCAAUGGAAAUCGUAGCUAUGGAUAUGAAAUUACGUGGUAUGUACAUCGCAAGACAGCUGAGUUUUCACGGAGUGUCUUUCAAAAUCGAAGACGUUCCUUUGAAUAAAGAAUUCAUAAAGAUGUACGACGAUUCUGUAAAAUUGUGGGUAGAAGCUAUGCAGAAGUUCCAAGAAGCUGCUGAGUUGAUUGAUGCCGAAAGUCGAAUGAAGAAAACAAUGUGGGGUCAAUUUUGGUCCGCCCAUCAACGAUUUUUCAAAUAUUUAUGCAUUGCUUCCAAAGUUCGCCAUGCUGUUGAUGUAGCUCGGGAAGCUAUUAAAUGCGGUAAGUGCGUCGUGAUUGGAUUACAGUCGACAGGAGAAGCUCGAACUCUAGAACAACUUGAAAGAGAUGAUGGUGAAUUAUCAGAUUUCGUUUCUACAGCUAAGGGAGUUCUACAAUCAUUGGUGGAGAAGCAUUUCCCGGCUCCAGAUCGAAAUCGUAUUCAUCGUCUAUUAGGAAUUGACACGAAAAAGUUGAAACAAGAAAAUGGUAAUGCGAAUAAUGAAGCUGGUAGCUCAGCCGGUAAAAGGAAAUCCGCGAGACAAGCUGCUGUUAAAGUCAAAAGACGUAAAGAUUCUAGCGAAUCUGAUUCGGAAUUGAACUCAGAUGAUUCGGACUUCAAAGUAUCCAAUUCAGAUUCGGGCAGUGAUGAACCGUCCGAAGCCAGCGAACCCGAUGACAGCAGUGAUUUUUCUGAUACUGAUUCUGAUGAUCUGUUAUGGGGAAACACUAAUACUAAAAAAGGCGCUAAAAAGAAGAAAGCUCCGAAAAAGCCCACUCAGCAAGAUAAAAUCGAUAUGUUGGUUAUGGGUAAAAGUUUCAAAGGUAAAGGAAAAGUUGAAUCUACUGUUCCCCCUCCCAAAGAUGCAGUCGAACGCGCUUGUAGUAUGAAAGAAGAAUUACUGGAACAGAUCGAGAGCAUUGGAGAACGACUACCACCGAAUACUCUUGACCAAUUGAUCGAUGAAUUGGGAGGUCCUGAAAACGUAGCUGAGAUGACUGGACGUAAAGGAAGAGUCGUUCAAACCGAUGCUGGUAUUCAGUACGAAUCGCGAUCAGAAAUAGAUAUUCCUUUAGAAACGUUGAAUCUUACUGAAAAACAAAGAUUUAUGGAUGGCGAAAAAGAUGUUGCUAUUAUUUCGGAAGCGGCCAGUUCGGGUAUUUCUCUGCAGAGCGAUCGUCGGGCUAAAAAUCAGCGCCGCCGUGUUCAUAUCACGCUAGAACUUCCUUGGAGUGCAGAUAGAGCCAUUCAGCAAUUUGGUCGAACGCACAGAAGUAAUCAAGUGAACGCCCCGGAGUAUAUAUUUUUAAUUUCUGAUCUUGCCGGCGAAAGAAGAUUUGCCUCGAUUGUUGCCAAACGACUUGAAAGUUUGGGAGCUUUAACUCACGGCGAUCGUCGAGCCACUGAAACAAGAGAUUUGUCUCGUUUUAAUAUCGAUAAUAAGUACGGCCGAUCCGCUCUUGAAGCCAUCAUGAGAGCGAUUAUGGGUUAUGAAGCACCCAUUGUUCCUCCGCCGAAGGAUUACAAAGGAGAUUUCUUCAAAGACGUUGCGGGUGCUCUUGUGGGAGUUGGUUUAAUAGUGAAUAGUGAAACGACGCCGGGUGUCUUAUCUCUAGAUAAAGAUUACAACAACAUGAGCAAAUUUUUGAAUCGAAUUUUAGGCAUGCCCGUCGAUCUGCAAAACAGACUUUUUAAAUACUUCACCGAUACGUUACAAGCUAUCAUAACACAAGCUAAGAAGUCCGGUCGAUUCGAUUUAGGAAUUUUAGAUUUGGGUUCGGCUGGGGAAAAUGUAAAACAGGUGAAAAUGUAUUCGUUUUUACGAAAACAUACCACUGGUGUGGCGACCACUCAAUUACAUAUCGUUCAAGUAGAAAGAGGCAUGUCGUGGGACGAAGCUUUCGAAAAAUGGUCCGAAUUAUCUGGACCUAAAGAAGGAUUUUAUCUCUCUCAUCAGAUUCGUAACAAUAAGCCGACUGCAAUACUAGCUGUUGCUUCGGAAAAAGACAAAUUAGGGAAGAAAGGUUCCGGCGAAGGAGUGAAUAAAAAAGAUUUGUAUACCCUUUAUCGACCGAAUACUGGUUUGCAGUUGAGACAAGAAACACUCGCUGAAAUGGAAAAGAAGUAUAAAAAAGUAGAGGCUUCUGAAGCUGAAAAACAUUGGAAAGAGCAAUAUACCACAUCAGAAAACACGUGUUCUCACGCUUAUUGGCGCGGAAAUUGUAAAAAUGUCACGUUAGGUAAUGACUGCGAAGUAGGUUUGAGAAGACGUACGUAUAACGUUGUUUCCGGUUCGGUAUUGAGUGUAUGGGGUCGUGUGGAAGCUGUAUUGGCUCAAAAAACUGGCCAUGGUUCUAAAAUGCAAGUGGUGCGUUUGAAAACCGCCAACGGUCUUAAAAUUGUCGGAACAUUAAUUCCAAAUAGUUGCGUAGAACCGCUGAGAGAAGCUUUAGCGUCGGAUGCUGAAAAAACAUCGGAAGAAAGCUUCACCUAAGAUAGUUUAUUAGCCAGCCUAUUUAAUGUAAAUAUUUACCUCGUCGUAACUGUUUUAUUUAAACUGAUGAUAUAUUUCUGUCGGUGGAAUUACAAGACGCACCAAUAAAUUUUUACUUUAUGAAAAAAUUAGUUACCUUAGUUUCUGCACAGGUAUUUGUUCAACGUUUCUGUUUUUUCUUUUUCUUUCUUUGUUUAUUUUUUUGUGUGUCUUUCAUUGAAAUUUUUUUUUAAUUAUUGCUUAUUAGCGUUAAAUAACUAUUUUUUCGUAGUUUUGAUUUUCAUAACUUAUAAUGAUGGUUACUUUCAUGUUUCUUUUGUGUGUUUACUUGCAUUUAAUUUUUACAUUUCAUUUGCGUUACUUUUUUUUUUAGUUAUUGGUACGUUGAUUUGUUAAUUAAGAACCGAUAUGUGUGUUGAAAAAAUUUACGUAUUAAUUCAUCGCGAAGUUUCACAUGUUUAUGUUCUAUGCAGAAACUGAGAAUUGACAUUUAUAAGGAUUUUUCUUAUUUUUGAAUUAUUUUCUUGUAGUGCCUGAUGUGAAUUUUGUUCAUUUAUUUUAUAAAGGGCGUCUAACGAAAAUCAGAUCUCUCGUUAUUUUAGUAGAAUUAUCGUUCAUGUACCUUGAUGAUGAAUGAUGAAUUCGUCUCGUAUGGUACUUAACUGGAAGGCUUUCUGUUAUAAAACUGGUGUUUUGGUAUGUUCGGUGGUCGAGUAAACAGGUUCGUCUACUGAGAUGAUUGGCUGAACAUAUAUUAAAAAUGUAAUACCAGUUUCAUGACUAGAUUUUUUUUGUUAUGCUAAGUGUCUUUAGUUGUAUCAGAAUUAUGCUUUUGUUCUUUAUUUUGAACGUAUGUGAAUAGAUUCUAUGCUUCGCUGCAUGAAUAUGUAGCUUCUUUGUUUUUUAAAAUUAUUAUUAAGUACUGAUUAACGUGAAUUUGCAACUUGAACAUUUUUUUUUUCAAAAUGAUUGAUUUUUUUAACGCACAUAAAAUUUAAAAUCCCGUCUCGCAUUUCUCACUCAGUAAAACUGCGAGCGGCUUAUUAUUUAAGCGUUCUGUGUUACAAAACUGAAACAGUUUUCAUGUCGUGUGUAUUAUUCCUAGUUUAAUUACUUACCGAUAAAUUUUCGCAAUUUUGGCAUUGAUAUUGUGCUAUUCACAUUUUCACGUGUUUGAGCUGAUCUGACCUGUACGCGUAGGGCUGCUACACGAACGAGAAUUAUUUUUUUUAUCAGCAUUUGUGGAAAAAUUAAGCUUGUAAACGCAGAAGCCGUACCUAGACAUAUCUCGCAAGUUUAAUGAGUUUAUGUAUAUUGCAUUAAUUCUGUUUCAGUUUUUCUGUGUAAAAUUUUAGCAUUAUUUUGUUAAGCUUAUUUUUGUAAUUCGUCCCUUUAUUUGAAGCUUAAAAGCAAAAUUGAAAAAUGUUUGUUCCUUACUUAAUUAUAAUCGGUUUUUAUUAAAAUUUCGAUGUAUGUGAUUUUAUGUAAUUUUACAAUAUAAAAUGUACUUGAA